AUGACCUUCUUUGGCUUGAAUAUUGACAAAAGCCAAGAGGAUUGGAAUUCUCGGCGUCUCAGGUACUUAUUGAAAAAGUACGGCAGUAUAAAACCAGCAAAACUGGUUUCGAAUGGUGCUCUGCAUCUUCCCGCUGGGUCUCUCUAUUCUCCAGCACCCAAUGAGAACCCCUUUGCAGCGGAAAACUGGGUUGGCCUUAUCGAAACACCGGACCCUUCUGUUUCGCAAGUCGCGGUUAUUCCCUCUCCGAAAUUCACCGCUCCUGACAUUGAAGAUGGGAAAUCUCAGGGACCCAGCUACUUGACAACAGCGUGUAUUCCUUUCCUCCAACGCAGACAUGGUCGAACGCAGUCCCCUCUAGACGAAACAGCGGAGGGACCGUCCGCUCACGUCCAACAACGCGACUUACGCGAAAACAGUAACGCGGUGGAAUCACCUGAAAGACAGCUCUUCCUCAGUGACAACCUCGCCCCAAGCGACGCCUUUCUUGCCUCCACAUCCAUUUUCCGCUCAGAGUCCUUCACCACACCCGUGGGGGUUGAACAAUAA